AUGGUUCCAAGCAUAGAUUUUUCAAAGUGGUGGUGGGUAAAGGACAGUUCAAGUUCAAGUUCAAGGAAAGGAAACCCGGUUGUGGUGACUAUGGAGAACCCCAAUUACUCUGUGCUUGAAAUAGAUGCCCCUGACUCUGCAUUUCAGCCAGUUGACAAGGACAGAGGUAAAAAUGCUAAGCAGUUCACAUGGGUUUUGCUUCUCAAAGCUCAUAGAGCUGUCGGUUGCCUUGCUUGGCUUGCAAAUUCUCUUUGCUCAUUGCUUCGUGCCGUUAAGAAAAGAUUGUUUUUUGGGCAUGUGGAGACUGAAAAUUCUGGCAAGGCAAAGUUUCUGUUUCGAGUAAUUCUCACGUUCUUGGUGAUUGCUUUGGCAUUUCUUUCAUUUGAACUGGUUGCUCACUUCAAAGGGUGGCACUACUUUCACAACCAUAAUUUGCACAUUCCACAAACUUGGGAGAUCACAGGAUGGUUUCACACGGCCUAUGUUAGGUGGUUGGAGUUCCGGGCAUACUAUAUUGCUCCCACAAUUCAAUCUCUCUCAAUCUUCUGUAUACUUCUCUUCAUAAUUCAGUCUGUGGAUCGAAUGCUUCUGUGUCUUGGUUGCUUGUGGAUCAAAUUCAACAAGAUUAAGCCCGUGAUUAAAGGGGUUCCUCCCAAUUCAGAUGAUUUGGAAGGAGCCAACGAUGGAUAUCCUAUGGUACUCGUUCAAAUUCCUAUGUGCAAUGAGAAAGAGGUAUAUGAACAAUCUAUUUCCGCAGUGUGCCAACUUGAUUGGCCAAAAGAUCGCUUGCUAAUUCAAGUUCUGGAUGAUUCUGAUGAUGAGGGUAUACAGUGGUUAAUCAAGGGAGAAGUCUCAAAGUGGAGCCAGAGAGGUGUCAAUAUCAUCUACCGUCAUAGGAUGUUUAGAACUGGUUACAAAGCUGGAAAUCUCAAGUCUGCAAUGAACUGUGAUUACGUGAAGGAUUAUGAGUUUGUUGCAAUUUUUGAUGCUGAUUUCCAACCAAAUCGAGAUUUCCUCAAGCAAACUGUUCCACAUUUUAAGGGAAAUCCUGAGCUGGCAUUGGUUCAGGCUAGGUGGGCUUUUGUAAACAAGGAUGAGAACUUGCUGACACGACUUCAAAAUAUUAAUUUGUGCUUCCACUUUGAGGUUGAACAGCAGGUUAAUGGGGUCUUCCUUAACUUCUUUGGUUUUAAUGGAACUGCUGGUGUUUGGAGAAUAAAAGCACUUGAAGAGUCUGGUGGCUGGCUUGAGCGGACAACUGUAGAAGAUAUGGAUAUAGCAGUCCGGGCCCAUCUGAAUGGUUGGAAAUUUAUCUUUCUCAAUGAUGUCAAGGUGCUUUGUGAGCUUCCUGAAUCUUAUGAAGCUUAUAGGAAACAACAACAUCGAUGGCAUUCUGGUCCAAUGCAACUCUUUCGUUUGUGCCUUCCAGCCAUCAUAACCUCUAAGAUUGCAUUCUGGAAGAAAGCAAAUCUAAUAUUUCUAUUCUUUCUGCUUAGAAAGCUAAUCCUCCCGUUCUAUUCUUUUACAUUAUUCUGCAUCAUUCUUCCUUUGACAAUGUUUGUCCCUGAAGCUGAGCUACCUAUCUGGGUUAUUUGUUAUGUUCCUGUAUUCAUGUCGUUCUUGAACAUUCUUCCUGCCCCAAAAUCCUUUCCCUUCAUUGUUCCUUAUCUGCUGUUUGAGAACACAAUGUCAGUUACCAAAUUCAAUGCCAUGAUAUCCGGUUUGUUCCAGUUGGGAAGUUCAUAUGAAUGGAUUGUUACCAAAAAAGCAGGUCGAUCAUCAGAGCCUGACCUAUUAGCUGCUGAAGAACGGGAAUCAAAGACAAUGAGUCUCCAACUUCACAGAGGGACUUCUGAUAGUGGACUUUCUGAGCUUAACAAAAUAAAGGAAUGCCAAGAAACUGUUCCUACACCCCCUCUAAAGAAAAUGAACAAGAUAUAUAAGAAAGAGCUUGCCCUUGCAUUCUUGCUGCUUACUGCUGCUGUUAGAAGCCUUUUAUCUGCACAAGGGAUGCACUUUUACUACUUAUUAUUUCAAGGAGUGUCAUUCCUCCUUGUAGGUUUGGAUUUAAUUGGAGAACAGAUGAACUAGAGGAUCAGAAAGAAUGUCUAAAAUAGAAAAUUGAUUAUUAUAAAAUCAAAAUAAAUAAAGAAGCCAACCAAUAACCAAUAUGGAUUGUUGCAAGACAGUUGGUUUUGGCAGUUAUAUUUUCAAGGUGCCUGAAUAUGACUCAGGUAAAAUGCUGAAAGCUACCGUGGGUCAAAUCAUAAAUAAGUUUGUUAUUCUUUAAGUAAGUGCCUUUAUAGAGAUUUUUCUGUUUUUUUUUUUUUUCAUUUUUCCUGUGUUUACUUGUCUUUUGUCUGUUGUCCACAGUACAGUCAUUUUUCUGUAGGAUAAGCCAAUUCAUUUUGUCUCAGCAUCACCCUGUCGCUCA